CUGGCUGAUCUAGCCCAACUAGAUCCUCCAUCAGAGGAGUCAAUCACCGGAACCCUUAAACUAAGGUUCAGAGGUGAUAUGGUCUACACGCGCAUCAACGACUCUGUCCUUAUUGCCCUGAAUCCAUACAAGGACCUUCAACUAUCCCAAGACUCGCUUCAAUACGUGGCCGAGUAUAAGGACACGACCUCUGAACACCUCGAACCACUCCCACCACAUGUAUUCCAGCUAACAAACCAAGCCUAUCUCCACAUGAGACGCACAGGUAUAGAUCAAUCAGUUAUUAUCAGUGGAGAGACAGGCAGUGGCAAGACUGAAGCCCAUCGAUUGAUUCUUCAGCACCUCGUGUGUCUCAGCAGCCAAAAAAAGGAGUCCAAAUUACAGAACCAGAUCGUUAAUGCACAGAUUAUCCUCGAAGCCUUUGGCAAUGCCAGGACAAUGAUGAACGCCAACGCAUCAAGAUUUGGCAAAUAUAUGGAAAUCCAAUUCAAUGAACGUGGACGCAUGAUCGGUGCAAAGACUCUUAAUUAUCUUCUCGAGAAACGACGAGUCACCCACUGUCCCAACGGCGAACAGAAUUUUCACGUCUUUUACUAUCUUUUGGCAGGAGCUUCAGAAGAAGACAAACAGAUCCUCAGACUCGAAGAUGUCACCCAAUAUACUUACCUUAGACGCCCAAUGUUGCAGGACCUCGGUGAAGCAGAAAAACAUGAAUCUCUCAAAACUGCUCUUAGAUCAUUAGGUUUUGGCAAACGCCACCAGGCACGCAUCAUGCAGUUACUUGCUUGUCUCUUACAUCUCGGAAAUCUCCAGUUCGUCGAUGACACCACCAUGCAAGAAGCUGCCUAUGUCCGCAACAGCGAAAUCCUCGAACUCUGUGCCGAUUUUCUAGGUGUCGAUCCCACAGGCCUCGAGAGCGUCAUGACAUACCGCACCCAGAUGAUCAAGAAAGACAUCACAACCCUGAUUCUCAACGCACAGCAGGCUGCCGAACAGCGCAAUGAACUAGUCGUUGCUCUCUACUCACUUCUUUUUAGCUGGAUUGUCGAACAUAUCAACACAAAACUCUGCAGCGACACAAUUCACAACUUCAUCGGAAUCCUGGACAUGCCCGGCCCCCACACAUACUACUCAGAAGCCUCGUUUGACCAGUUUUGCGUCAAUCUGGCCAACGAGCGUGUCCACAACUAUAUGCUGCGUCAGAUAUUCGAGACCGACACUGCCGAGUACCGCUUUGAAGGACUCGAUGUUCCAGACGUGCCUUAUUUCAACAAUGCGGCCUGCAUCGAGUUGUUGGCCCGCCCCAAACAGGGCCUGAUCGAUAUUGCAAACAGCCACAGUAAAUCAUCGACCAAAACAGACGCAAACAUGCUCGAUUCAUUUGCCAAGUACAACAAUACCCACGACUCUUUCUCCCUAAAAACCGCAACAACCGGCGCACGCCAGUUUUCUAUCCAGCACUUUGCUGGCCAGGUCACCUACACAACCGAAGGCUUUUCGGAGAGUAACAAGGACGUCUUGAGCGCUGAUUUUGUAUCCCUGUUGCGCGGAAACGGCACCGAUGUACCACCUUCAUACAACUCAUUUGUCAUCGAACUCUUUGCGGACAAGAGUAUCAACACCGAAACACAUCCCAAGCACGCCGAGGCAAUCCUCAACGCACAGCAGGUCAAUAAGCCCAUGCGAUUACCUUCCAUGCGCCGCUCAAAGUCAAAGCGACGCAACGCUAACAAUACUACAAAUGGCGAAGACGAUGAGCCUAAAGACACAACCGCAACCACAACAACAGCAGGUGGAGGGGCUCAGAAAGAUGGCGAUCGUAAGGUUUCAUUUGUUCUGUCACAGCUCCAGUCAUCUCUGGAUGAUUUGGUAGCCACACUAGAUGAAACCAUGCCUUGGUUUGUGCUCUGCAUGCGCCCUAAUGACACCUCGGCGCCAAAUGCGUUUGAUCAACAGCGUGUAAAGUCUCAGGUGCGGGCAAUGGGUGUACCACAGCUGGCUCAGAGACUCCAGACUAGUUAUACAAUCUCAUUCUAUCACGAGGAGUUUUGUCAAAGAUAUGCCCAGACUCUUUUGGCAGUUGGUGUAGAACAAGACCGCCUCCCACGAGCCCAAUGUGAGGCUGCUGCUGCAAUUUUUGGCUGGCUGGGAACACAAGCUGCUAUUGGAAACAGCAAGAUAUUCUUGGGGGAGAGUGCAUGGAGACAUCUUGAGGAUGGACUUAGAUCUGUAGAAAAGGACGACCAGAGACGUCAAAAGGAAGAAAAGCGAAUUACCGAAAAUCUGUCUGGAGGUGGUGCAUUACUACCUGUGGGUAUGGCCCGUGAACACAGUACAGGUGCAUUGUCCAACGUAUCCUUUGGAUCGGGUGUCGACUUACUGCCCACCAACAGCACGUCAGAUUUGGGCCAAGAUAACAGACGUCUGUUAGCGGCAUCUAGUGCAGCCGCUGCCGGAUUACCGGUACCGCGAGGAUUUGGUGAAGGUGGGUCAGUAUACUCGGACGACAACCGUUCGUUUGUAUCAGACGACGAAUAUUACAAGGACCAGCCUUACCAUAGCAACUACGAUGACUCCCAGUUUGGGUCUGAAGGGUUUACAUCAAGUCAAUCGGGUAAUAUGGAGCUCAAGAAGAUGCUUCCGGUAACCACUGAAGCUGCUGAGCCAGCCGAAAAGGAAGAGGUAUCAGCGGUCCGAAAACACUGGCUUAGAUUUGUCUGGUUUAUGACCUGGUGGAUCCCAACCAAGUUUAUUGAGUGGUGUGGCCGUAUGAAGCGAGACGAUGUCCGGAUAGCCUGGCGUGAAAAGGUCACCUUGUGUGAAAUCAUCCUCUUUAUGUCCCUGUUUGCCUUGUGGUUCCUUGUUUUCUUUGGAAAGACUAUCUGCCCUCACCAAGACGUUUACUCCUUGUCUGAGUUACAAGCCCACGGCACAAGCGACAAUGCUUACGUAUCUAUUCGUGGUGAAGUAUUCGACCUCUCAAAGUUUGCGCCACGCCACUGGGCUAGCGAAGUAAUCCCGGCCUCAAGUGUGUUGUCCUAUGCUGGUGUCGACGCCUCGGAUUUGUUUCCUGUCCCAGUAUCGGCUCUUUGCGAGGGAAUUACGGGCGAAGUCUCACAAUAUGUCUCACUAGACUUUCAUAUCAAUCUAACCGAUAAUAACGCCAAAUACCACGACUUUAGAGCUCAGAAUCCCGACUAUCGUCCCGACUGGUACUAUGAAAAGAUGGUCUAUUUGCGCAAGAACUACAAACUUGGCGUCAUGGGCUUUGAUGUCAAGGACGUUGCCAGCCAGGCCAACAAUGCUGUCAAUCUCGGAGGUAUCAACACCAUGCGCAACUGGGCUAUCCUGAAUGAGAAGAUCUAUGAUCUCACGUUUUACAUGAUGGGCGGCCGCCGUUCGCUUAUUCCGGUUGGCGAGGAUGUUCCAGCCCAGGUCGACACUAACUUUAUGGACGAAUCGGUUUUAACCUUGUUCCGCCAAAAGUCUGGUACCGAUAUCACGGACUACUGGAACGCACUCCCUCUGUCGGAUGAAGUCAAGAAACGUCAAGAAGUCUGUCUGCAGAAUCUGUUCUAUGUCGGGUCCGUCGAUCAGCGCAACUCUCCAAAGUGUCUGUUUUCCGAAUACUUUUUGCUCAUCGUCACCGUCUUUUUGUGUCUUGUUGUCGUCUUCAAGUUCUUGGCUGCUUUGCAGUUUGGCUCGCGCCGAGACCCUGAGAACCACGACAAGUUUGUCAUCUGUCAGGUGCCUUGUUACACAGAAGACGAGGACUCGCUCAAAAAGACUAUUGACUCUAUUGCUGCUCUCAAAUACGACGACAAGCGCAAGCUGCUGUUUAUCAUUUGUGAUGGUAUGAUUGUCGGUGGUGGCAACGAUCGUCCUACACCCCGUAUUGUCCUGGACAUCCUUGGUGUCGAUCCUAAUGUUGAUCCCGAGCCUCUGUCGUUCUUUUCUGUCGGUGAAGGACAAAAGCAACAUAACAUGGGCAAGAUUUACUCUGGAUUGUACGAAUGCCAUGGCCACGUUGUACCAUAUAUUGUUGUCUCCAAGGUUGGAAAGCCUUCCGAGCGCCAGAAGCCUGGCAACAGAGGAAAGCGUGACUCUCAGCUGGUUGUUAUGCGUUUCCUGAACAAGGUUCACUUUAACUCUGCCAUGACCCCUAUGGAGCUUGAGAUGUACCAUCAGAUUAAGAAUGUCAUUGGUGUCAACCCUUCGUUCUAUGAAUUUGUGCUCAUGGUGGAUGCCGAUACAGAGGUUAUGCCCGACGGAUUGAACCGGAUGGUUUCCUGCCUUGUACACGACUCCAAGAUCAUCGGUCUCUGUGGUGAGACAGUGUUGUCAAACGAAAAGGAUACCUGGGUUACCAUGAUUCAGGUCUACGAGUACUUUAUUUCUCAUUACAUGAUCAAGGCUUUCGAAUCUCUGUUUGGUACUGUUACCUGUCUUCCCGGAUGUUUCUCUAUUUACCGUGUCCGAUCACCCACCAAGAAUCAGCCGCUUCUGAUUGCUAACCAGGUCAUUGAAGAUUACGAAAUCUGCAAGGUCGAGACUCUCCACUUGAAGAAUUUACUGUUCCUUGGUGAAGAUCGUUAUCUGACCACACUUAUUCUCAAGCACUUCCCGAACUAUAAGACCAAGUUUACGCCUGAUGCCAGAUGUGCCACCAAUGCUCCUGAUCAAUGGAGUGUGCUGGUAUCUCAGCGUCGUCGCUGGAUUAACUCUACUAUUCACAAUCUCGGAGAACUUGUGUUCUUGCCUCAGUUGUGUGGUUUCUGCUGUUUCUCUAUGCGAUUUGUGGUCAUGCUUGAUCUCUUGAGUACUCUGCUACAGCCUGCUAUCAUUGGUUACUUGGUGUAUUUGAUAUACUCGCUCGCGACCUCUACUAGUGGCGUUCCGGUGAUGUCUAUUAUUACUAUUGCAGGUGUCUAUGUACUACAGGCAAUUAUCUUCAUUCUCCAUCGUAAAUGGGAACAUAUUGUUUGGAUGAUUGUAUCCAUUUUUGCGAUUCCCGUCUUUUCCUUUUAUAUCCCGCUCUACUCCUACUGGCAUUUCGACGAUUUCUCAUGGGGUAAUACUCGUGUGGUUUUGGGAGACAAAGGCAAGAAGGUCGUUAUGCCAGAUGAGGGUAAAUUCGAUCCAUCUGUGGUUCCUACCAUGACCUGGGAAGAGUAUGAGCAAGGACUAUAUGCUGAAGACUGGAAUGACAAUGCGUCUCUUGGAUCC